AUGGGGCACUAUUUCUCCCACUGACACCAAUGAUGGGGCACUAUUUUCCUUCCUCCCCCCCCCCGCACUGACACCAAUGAUGGGGCACUAUUCCUCCCCCCCACUGACAGGAACGAUGGGGCACUAUUCCUCCCCCCCACCGACACCAACGCUGGGGCACUAUUCCUCCCCCCCACCGACACCAACGAUGGGGCACUAUUCCUCCCCCCAGGCUGGAGCGAUGGGGCACUAUUCCCCCCCCGACCCCAAAGAUGUGCCACUAUUCCUCCCACUGACACCAAUGAUGGGACUAAUUCCCCAACAAUGGGGCACUAUUUCUCCC